AUGGUCUCCUUCAAGUCUCUUCUGACCGCCACCACCCUGGCCACCGCCGUUCUGGCCAUCCCUCAUAGUGGCCAUGGCCAUGGCAGCCACAAGCACCGUUCCACUCAUGUCGCCUCCAAGCGGACCUCUUCCUCCAAGCGUGGCGCUGCCUACAACUCUGCUUCCAGCGUUCACACGCUGACUUACGGCUCCUCCGGCAACGGUACCGUCUCCUGGGCCUACGACUGGAACAUGUACGCCGACGGCACCCUCCCCAGUAACGUCGAAUACGUGCCCAUGCUGUGGGGCAGCAAGAUGUUUGGAGGCUGGUUGACCGCCAUCGAGACUGCCCUUGAUAGCGGUAGCAAUUACAUCAUGGGAUUCAACGAGCCCGACUCCUCCUCCCAAGCCUCGAUGACUGCUUCCGAGGCCGCCAGCUCCUACAAGAAUUACAUCACUCCUUACUCUGGCAAGGCUAAGCUCGUCACCCCGGCCGUGACCAGUAGCACCACGGAAGGCGAGGGUCUCAGCUGGAUGAAGUCCUUCCUGUCCGAAUGCAGCGAGUGUGACAUGUCGGUGCUGGCAGUCCACUGGUACGGCACCUCGGCCGAUGAGUUCAAGUCCUUCGUGCAGGAGGCCAUGCAGGUGGCGGACGACAACGGAUUGGACGAGACCUGGGUGACAGAAUUCGCCCUCACCAGCGACGAGUCGGCCGGCGGCGAUGAGAGUUCAGCGGCGGACUUCCUUGACGAAGUUUUGCCGUGGUUGGACAGCCAGAGUGGCGUGGGACGGUAUGCGUAUUACAUGUGUGCAGAUGGGUAUCUGCUCAGCGGGGAGGAGUUGAGCUCGAGUGGAAAGGUCUACGUUGCAUAG